GUCCAUUUCAGCUGUCAUGGCAUUUGUGGAUUUCGUGCCAAUAUGUCCGUAUCAAUGAUAUUCAAAGCUAUUUGCAAUGGAAGCGCUUGCAGCCACAUCAGUACAUACACUUGGGCAGUUCUAUAUCAAAACAGACCAGYCAGUGACGUUUGUAUUGGAGAUAAAAUAUACAAACGUAAUGCAACAGUGUUAAAACUGGCAGAUUUUACUUGUCCAGGAAUUGGUACAUUGAACGUAACCUGUUUGGCUCAUUUUAAUACCGCGAAAAAAAUGUCAAGUAGCAUGACAUUUGUGAUUGUAAAUACAACUCGGUCGUGUUCYAUUACUCCGUCUACGGGGAGAGUUGUUCGGACAUUUUAUGAAGUACGAUGCUUUGGCUGGGAAGAUGGUGUCCUUUCUGCUCUGCGGUAUCGCUUCCUGCUGAUAACUACCGAAGGACGUGUAAUAUUAUUAGAUAGCACUAUGCCAAACAUGACUACAACUUUACCAGUAGGAAGAGCKAAGGACSAUUAUCGUGUGAAGAUUUCUGUCGAUAUAAGAUAUGCUGGUGGAGAAACCUACACAAAAGACCUUGUUACAAAGGUUAAACCAAUUGCAAUGUUAGAGGUUUUAGACAUUCUAGAAAGAGGAACAGAAGAUCAGCUAUCCCUCGAUAGCUUGAUAAAGAGAGGUGACAUCAGUACAGCUGCGUCGAUCGCCAUUGCCGCACUGUCUGCUGUCAAAGAACAGCCCAAAGACAAGGAAAAUUCAACAGCUGUGGAACAAAAGGUUCAAAACAAAGUUGUUCAAGGGUUUCAGAAUGCAACUGUCAAAAAAAUAGAAGAAGUCGAUAAACUGAUUUACAUUAUUGCUCUCUGUCAGAAUACUGACAACCAGGCUUCUCUUCUUCGAGUAUUAAACAUCACAAUUCAAUUUUUAUCGAAAAAGAUUAAUUCAUCCCCAAUGGCCUUAGAUAUGUUUACACGUUGCUUCCAUGGUAUUGGUUUUGCCAUUGAAAAAGCUUAUGAUAAUGCGAUGCAACUGGACAACAAACUCAACAAAUCAAAGGCUCUCAGUGCACUUAAAACUGGAAUCAACAUGGUAGAUCAAAUUACGAGUGGCAUCUCGGCAUCUUUGACAAGAGUAAAUUCAAGUUUCAAUUUCACUUCACCGUUUGUUGACAUCAUUGCGACAAGAAAUAGUGCUAAGACAAUACAAGACAGUGGUGUCCAUAUCGAAUUUCAUGGUGCUAGGAUUUUAUUGCCUCGAAAUCUCUUGACAAACGAUGUUGGCUAUAACGUUAAGCAUYAUGAUUUCAUCGACUUAAAGAUUCAGUUGUGGAAAAUGAACCCGUAUUUGUGGCAUGAAACCAGCAGUGCCAUCAAUUCUUCAGUAUUAGAUAUCAAGAUUGAGAUGCGUAUAAAUCGAAAAACAACGCGACCACAAAACAGUACAAUCUGUGGCAAUGAAAUAAAUAGUACUUGUGUCAAUGGAACUUUCAAAGAAAGCGAGAGGAGGACUCAAAUAAAGACAGAAAUAACAGCUUUAAACCAGCCGAUCCACCUUUUAAUCCCUCAAUUACCUAAUCCUCAGUCUCCCAGCAACGUAAGUAAGGAGGAGGACAACCCAGAAGCAGUCCAUUUUCUAGAACUUAGCACCAAACAACAAAGACAUUUUGUGUAUCACCAAGUCGAAAUCCCAUCACAAUAUGCUACAAUAAGGGUGGCCUUAAAGCCAAGCUUGGACGUUCAACUGCACGUGCUUGUCCAGUAUUCUACCAAACCUACUAUUGACAGCUAUAUCUUGAAUAAGACAAUUCCAGAUUUUAGUUCCUGCCAUUUCCUUGAGGAAUCACAAGCAUACUACAACUGCACAAAAGAUCCUUUUUCAUUUUCCCUUUCCUGGAAUGAUACUGGCUACCAAGGGCAGCAUUACAUAGGUGUACUAUAUUAUGGUGACAAAAUAAAUGGUACGAUGGCCAAACAGUCGAGCAAUUGGCUAUCAUCAAAUGGACCAGGAGCUACAACAGUGAGAAUCAAACGAUCCCUAAGCCCUUGUGAUAAAAAGAGACGUACGAAAAGAUCAUGUUUAGAGUACAAGUCUCCACCACAGUCUCCAGGUCUAUAUCAGACAGUUCGCCAAAUCAGUCCUGGCGAAGUGCCGUAUGUUAAUUACACUGUACAGGUAUCCGCUGGUGUUUGCAUGUUUUGGAGCAAAAAUCAACAAAGAUGGAAAAGCAAUGGAUGCAAGCUCGGCUUGCAUUCAACGAAGACCCAUGUAAACUGCCUAUGCGACCAUUUGACAGCGUUUGGAGGGGAUUUCUUUGUAGMCCAUAAUCCUAUUGAUUAUGGAAAAGUAUGGAAAUCGUUUGCAAAUCUCUCAGAAAGUGGAAACAUCGGAGUGCUAGCCACAGUGUGUGUAUUGCUGGCCAUAUAUGUACUUGGAUUGGUAAUUUUCAGACACUUUGACAAAAAGGACGAAGAAAAGGUGAUAAAUACAACCAUUGAGCUGCAAACCGUUGAACUGAACCCUUAUAAGUACAAGGUACAACUAGAAACAGGAAUUUGGAAGAACAGUGGUACCACAGCAGAAGUGGGGAUGAUCAUAUUUGGUGAAAAUCACAGUAGUGGCCCUAUAUGUCUCACGGACAGCGGCAGCAACAAGCCAUUCGCACGUGCCAGUCUCAAUACCUUUCACAUACUUGUUGACGAGUCCUUUGGGUCACUUAUAAAGAUCAGGGUGUGGCACAACAAUGGGGGAGAUGAUCCCGACUGGUAUCUACAUCAGGUGAUCAUCACUGAUGCACAAACCAACGAGAAAUGGCAUUUCUUCGUGAAUCGWUGGCUAGCUGCUAAUCRGGCUGAUGGAAGUCUAUCGUUUGAGGCUAAGACAUUUGAUAAAGGAGACAGUAGUAAGUUUAAGGACUUCUUUACAAUACGUGCAGCAAGAGGCUUUGCAAACGAUCAUUUAUGGAUCUCAUUAUUUACCCGGCCGCCACACAGUCCUUUCACAAGGUGCCAACGUUUUGCUUCCUGUAUGUCAAUUCUGUUCACUGCGAUGAUAGCGAAUGCGAUGUUCUAUAAAGUAGGUGCUCGCACAGCGGAUGACAUCUUUUUUGUAGGCCCUUUGAAGUUGAGUUUGACCGCCAUCAAAAUAGGUAUGCAAAGCGCUAUCAUUGCCAUUCCGGUCAAUGUCAUCAUUGUGACAAUCUUUAAAAAAAGCCAGGGCAAAAAAGAUCAAGAUUCCGAAACGAGAAGUAAAACUGGGUGCCAGAAACUGCUGGURUGCAUUGCAUGGCUCCUCUGYAAUGGUGCGAUUCUAGCAUCGGCGGUGUAUGUUAUCUUCUACAGUAUGCAGUGGGGCAAAGAAAUAUCAAAUAACUGGCUCACUUCUGUCGCUGUUUCAUCCAUUCAAGAYGUAUUUGURACGGGACCUAUCAARGUAAUUUUGAUCGCUGGAAUUCUUGCCUCUGUUUUGAAAUCCCCACCWAAAGAAGAAAUCGUUACCAACAUAAGUAAACAGUCSGUUGUCAAAGGAAGCAACCGUGUCGUMCAACAACCAGAGGAAGAAGAGCUCGAAAGAGCAAAGAUGUAUAGCCUGCAAAUGGCAAAAUUAUUYAAGAUUCUUCGAAAGAUGGCAUGCUUAAUUGUCCUCUUUCUGCUAUUCAUGAGUGUGUGYUAUGGAAAUCGUGAUCGAUCUGGAUUCAUGCUCACCAAAGCUGUCAGGGAGAUAUUUGGAAAGUUCGAGAAGGUCCAUCGCCCAAACGAGUUUUGGAAUUGGACGAAAGUAGUUUUAGUUCCUGGACUUUACAACACAACAUGGUACAACAACGAACAGUUYAAGUACCCAGAGGGUUACCUUAGUAAUCGAGAAGCUUUUGUCAUUGGUGUCCCAAAACUAAGACAAAUAAGGGUUAAACCAAUUGGGCAAUGUAUAGGAUCAGAAAACUUUCCUUGUAUUGAURACCUGUUCCAACGUUGUAUACCAUCGUUCUCGACGACAUACGAAGACCAAGGACCAUACUAUUUACCAAAAUGGAGACCCGUCGGUAACAUUUCACAAGCAGAUGUCAACAUAUUCUGUCCAAAAGCUUGGCAAUAUGACAAAAGCGUUGAAUUUGGCAGUCAUUUUCACUCUAGUGGUGGUUACAUUGCAGAACUUGGUUACCAAGCAGACUUUGCUUUGGCAACAAUUGCUGACCUUGAGAAUAAUAACUGGAUUGAUGACCRAACAUCAGCUGUCUUCAUUGAGUUCACAAUAUUUGAACCUUCCAGCAGAUUGCUUUGCAUUGUGCGAUACACGUAUGAAAAGUUUCUUCACGGUGGAGCCUACGUGAGAACUUCAGUUAAAUCGAUUUCUAUCUACCCUCCUUCAGAUUCUAAACUAGCGGGGUUUCUCUACAUAUGUAAAAUYGCUCUAUURAUCUACGUUUUCAUCCUUUUCAUUUUUGAAAUUCGGAAAGCAUUCCGAAAGAAAUGUGAUUAUUUUCGAAAAUUGUGGAGCUGGCUUGACAUGCUUUUGCUACUGUUAUGYGUUGGAUCUCUUAUGUUGUCCUCGUCUGUUGCRUACAUUGCCAGUAGGUUUAUCAAAAAGGUAAGAGAAAAUCCCUACAAGAACUGGUCAACAGAAGCACUGGUCUUCUACACUGAUGCAGAGAUCGCCUUGUUUGGUUUUAUUCUGUUCAUUUUGACCAUCAGAAUGAUCAAGAUAGUUUCUUUCAACCGCCCAAUCCUGGUGAUGCUUCUUUCCUUAAAGUGUUCAGCUAAGCCUCUCUCCUCCUUCUGUGUGAUAUUCUUAUUGGCUGUUGCUGCUUUCUCGAUGCUUGCCCACAUCACGUUUGGUUCAAAUGUCUUCGUGUAUUCUUCCYUGCAUAGAGCCUUUCUGGAGGUAUAUCAGCUAGGAUCGUUUGGAGGAAGCAUCGAUUUCAGACUUCUUCAUCGGUUAAGUCCCGUUGUUGGUACCAUGUACAUGUUUCUUCUUCGGACUAUAAUGACAUUCAUUCUGAUAAACUUUUUUAUUGCAAUCCUAAACUUUUCGUAUGCCGUAUCACAUGCUGAAUCCAAUGAAAAUCCUGAAAUGUUUGAAAAUAUCGCAUUAAAAAAUUUUGCAAAAGCAGAGAUAAAGCACGCCCAAGUGUGGGAACAUUUAAAAGAUUAUAUAAUGCUCAUCAUCGAAAGGAUGGGAAAUGCACUGUCCUCAUUACCCAAGCCACAUAGAAGAUCAUCAUCCCGGAGAAAAAAUUCUGAGAAGUUAAAAUACGACUAUCUAACAGAUAAGGAUGAACAACAGCAAACUAUCGAUUCUUCUUUCGUCAACAAUCCUUUAAAAGACAACGAUUCUCUUCAUUACACAAAAAAUGAUUUUGACCAAAGUAACAGUGACAUCGAUGAUAUUGAAUUCCUAGAUGAGGAUGACCUUAUGGUAUCAAUAAGGAAAAGCAUGUCUGAAAUUAGUCUUUCAUUAGCAGAGUCUCUUCGAGAUUCAGUCAGUGACUACAGCAGUAUUAAGUUGCAGUCUGAUUCCUUGGGCCAAGGCGCAGGACAAAAGAGUACACCGUCRGAGAGUUUGUUUUACUCGACUUCUUCUCGUUCAAAUGGCUUCACGCGAAGCAACAGGUCGAUUGAUGUUGAAAGUCAAGACGACGCAUCAGAAUGGUCUUUCAAUUCGGACUAUUACAGAAUAAAUGAGGAUUACUCUCGACGCUUCUAAAAUAGUCAUCAAAGAAUUGUUGUUAUUUGUGCGGGAACCCUGUGUUUUUUAGUUUUGGGCUUCCCUUAGCGAAUCUAUUGCCAUAUAUGGAAACAAACAAGAUGGCCGAUUGUUCAGAAGUCUUUUCUCUAUAAUAUCUGGACGUUUCAGACAACUUAAAGAUUUAAGAACCGAGAAAAUUGUCAAAAACACACGAAGUCCACACGUACUUCCAAAUAAUGUAAGAUUACAAUAUAGCUGCUAAAAGAAUGAAAACUUUUCUUUGAUAUUCCGAACCCUAAGAGUCAUGGAAAUGCAUUUCCAUCUMUGGGACAAAACAAUGCGAUCAUGGCCCCCUAGAAAACAAAGAUUUUUUGAUUUGUCCCGGAGAUUUUUGACGUUACACGCACUAUAAGUCAUAUCAUCUUGUCAUUAUGCGGGUUUCCUGUGCAAGACUUGACACAGAUACCCCAGCAGAUGCAGUUAUACUAUCCAUUCCAUAUGUCAUUAUUCAGUGGAUUAAAGUCUGGAUAAAAUCAAGGAAAUUUUAAUAUCGUCCGAUUGAAAUCCCCAUCAUCUUCGUACAAAGAAGAUAACUCAGUMUGAAACAAAAAGGUUACAGUGUUCUAAUUGCGCAGAUAUGAACGUCAAAUAAUGAUAGUAUUUACA